CAAGUUCUUCCAGAGAAGUCUCACCGUCGCGCAUUCCUGUCUGUAGCUCCAGGGACUCGCAUCUCUCCAUAUGGAUUUCUCUAACUUUAGGCUGCCUUUGCUCAUUUUGGCCGCUCUUGGAUGCUGUUCCGAGGGCAGCCCGCUUCUCACCGACAAAGUGAAAGGCGUUGUAGGUAAAAAUGUGACCUUCGAGACAACAAUCACCUCAACACAGGAUUUUGUAACCGUAACAUGGAAUUUCAAUAAAGCUGCAGUAAUUACAUCGAUAAUUACAAAUAUCAAAGUAACAAACACCUUUAACAUUGAUGAGAAAUACACCAGCAGAGUCAUCUACAAUCAAACAACAUGUGAGCUUCAGCUCGGGCCGCUGGUGAAGGAGGAUGAAGGGGCAUAUACUCUCAAUAUAGUCAAUUUGCAAGGAAGGUCACUGAAUGGACGGAUUGAUCUUGAGGUUCUUGAGCCCAUAACUGAUGUCAAGAUUUCGUCCAAUCCACCUGAACCUGUAGAGUUCAACAGCACCGUGGUUCUUUCCUGCUCUGCCAAAGGCUCCUUUACUUACAAGUGGCUGAACGGUUCAGUCCCUUUGGUGGGGGAUGGCACACAUAUGAAACUAAAUGAAGUUGGCAAUGAGCUAACUAUCGCUGGAGUUCGCCGUACAGAUCUGCGAGGACCCAUCUUCUGCAUUGCAAAGAACGCACUGGAGUCAGGGACCAGCGCUCCCUUCAAUCUCACUGUGAGCUAUGGCCCAGAGAAUGUCGUCAUGACACAAACUCCAACAGGUUCAUUUCUCAAGAAAGGCUCUAAUUUAACCCUUGCAUGCUCAGCCCAGUCUGACCCUCCUGCUCAGCUCCAGUGGAUGUUUAAUGGUGAGGCGAUGCCUCAGAAGACCACGGCCAACAUUACUCUCACCAGUUUAGAGGAAAAACACAGUGGAAACUAUAGCUGUGUGGCCUUUAAUGCAAAGACCAAUCGCUACUUUUCCUCACAGGUCGCUGUGGUGUCUGUUCUGGAGGCCUUAUCUGGAACAAAUAUCUCCAGCUCCUUAUCACUUCUCAUCGAUGGCAUCAGCGAGGUCAACAUCACCUGCUCAGCAGCUGCUGGUAAAGCUGACAGCGCAGAAUGGCUGAAGGAAAGCAAACCUGUCGUUCCUAGUGACCGUGUAAUUCUCUCAGCUGACAAGAAAACUCUGACCAUUGUUAAAGUUGUUAAAGAGGAUGCUGGCAACUACAAGUGCCAACUGAAGAACAAAGUCAACCAAGACGAAAGCACCUAUGUGAUGGUGGUCAGCUAUGGUCCAGUAGCGGUGAAAAUUGAAGGGAAGAAGGCGGUAAAGUUUGAAGAACGUGCAGUAUUAAAUUGCUCUGCAGACUCUUUUCCUCCCAGUGUAUUCACAUGGAAGCUCAAUGAUACAUUACUGAACAUCAGCCAGGCAGACAUCAUUAUUGACAAGGCCAGUGUCAAGGACAGUGGCUCGUACUCCUGCGAGGCAUUCAACUCUAUCACAGGAAUCGCGAAAAAAAUAACACACAAUCUCGCAGUCACAGAGGUCGGUACGGUAGAUGAGGGCCUGUCUGGUGGAGCAAUUGCUGGGAUCGUAAUUGCCGUGAUUCUGGCCGUGAUCAUCAUCGUUUGUUGUGUAAAGUGCAACAAAAAGUCCAACACAGACAUUCCAUCUCCAUAUUAAAGCGAGAUGUUGCUGUGAAGUGACCUGAGCAUAUCUUCAAGAGCAAUCCUUCAGCCAUUAAUCACUCAUUUUGAUCUGCAAAAACCUUCUAUCAAGGCAACUGGAAAAACUGCCCUCACAAGUGACUUAAUACUGAAGGUUUGGCCCUUUCAGGCGCUCAACGUGUUUAGAAAUGUCUAUUGUUAUACUCCGUGCAAACGUACCCCAAUCUUAAGGACACGAUAGACGGCAAGACCGUCUACACUUAUCUGCAUCUCUUCCUUCCUUUGGCUGAAGUGGACAGCUUCCUUUGUUCCUCAAGAAACAUGAUCCAGCCUCCAUCACCCUCUCAAUGCUUCACCUGACCCUAAACCGACAGCUCGGCUUGACAUCACAGGGGUCAGAUUGAAAGAGCUCUGUUUUGGGUAACAAAAUCCACCCUGAAAUGCACUGAGGAGUGACGAGACCAUCACGUGUUUGAGAUCUCAACGCACCCACAAGGAACUGAAACAUCGAGAUUUUAAGACCCGGAUGUCCCAAGGCAAAGAAGAUAUACAGGGCCGACUUGACUUGAAGCUGAAGGCUCUGCUGAGCUGUCGAUGGAAGGUCAUUCAUGGCAAAGUGUGCCUUCGAGAUUAAAAGCUUCUUACACCUUUGCCAUGGUUUGCUACACUUUUUUAACCCCCUCGUCUGUUCCCACGUGUCUUAGUGAGCUGUACAUAUUGUAUUUUAAGAGUAAGGCGAGAUCCAACAUGCUUGAACUCGGGAAGCAGGAAAAAAAAAUGCAUUUUUGCGGACAAUGACAUACCACAGUUUUGCAGUGAAAUUGCUACUCUGUCCGUGGGCGUCCCCACAGCCAUUCGUCCUGCUGUAAUCAGGAUUCCAGUGGAUUUCUAAAACAGGCCUGUUUUCUAAAUCACCUUGAGUUGACAAACAUAUCUCAAGAUUAAAUCUGAAAAGUGUUAAUAUGCUGA